AUGGAUUUCAUCAAGAAGGCUGCUUCUUCAGUUAGCGGCAAGAAGGGCGAUAACGCCGACCACAGCACCGGGCAGCAGAGCGACGACUACGUUGACAAAGCCUUCGGUGCCGGUGUCAAGAAGUCCGGCUACAAUGUCGACCGCAGCACGCAGGAGAAGAUCACUGACGGUGCCCGCGAGGCCUACGAGAAGGCCACUGGCAAGAAAGUCAGCGACAAGGUCUCCAACUAA